UGGGAGUCGAGGGCAGCACCAGCCGACCACCGGUCUGAGGCCAAAUGUUGAUGAAACUAUUAUUCCUGUUCGUUACCGUUGAGAUGUUUCGUGUUUACGAAUCCGAGCCCUUUCCUGUGAGUCCAGCUGCAAUGACUGCAGAUGUGGGAGAUACAGUUGAACUGCCCUGUGAACUUACGAACAAACUAGAGUUCGCGAACAAUGUUUUCUGGUACAAGCACCGUGCUGACGAACCCCUGGUAGCGAUUAAAUCCACAGACUGCCAAGAGAAAGGUUGUAGGGCUACUUUCAAAAAAGGCUCCGGAGAUCGCACAUCAGUGCUGGAAAUCAAGGAUGUCCGGCUGGAGGAUUCAGGUUUCUACUACUGUGAUGAGAUGAAUAGCUAUCCACCGCUUGUGAAAGGACCUAGACUCCUUGUUGGAGACAGCUCCACCAAUCGGACGUACAUGCAGUUAUUUGUCCCACCGUCUGAGAGUAAUGGGUCAGUUCCCCUGGUGUGUCUGGUCGGCGGCCUUUUGUCCAAACAGAUUGUCAUUUACUGGAACAUAUCCGGACAGAUCACGGAAGGAUGGAGCGAUCCCGGUACGCUUGACCCAGAUCAAAGCUACAGUGUUAGAAGUCAGGUGCUGGUCCCAGUGGAAACUUGGAGGAGCGGCGGGCUCUUCACCUGCAUCGCACAACUAGGGGGUGCGGGAAAGACGAGGACUAAGAGCGUCUCCCAUCCCACCAUUCAACCAGAUCAAGGCUGGUGUCUUCCCACAGCGAUUCUCCUUGGGGUCCUUGGAUUGCUGGUUAUCGUCAUUUUUACUUGCAUCUCUAAAGAGCGUAAAUCAGGGACACAUCGGCAAUCGGCGACGCGCCAGGGAAUCGGCAGCGCGGCUCAGUCACAAGCGCCGAUCCUUUACGCUUCGCUCGACUUCGCUGCAUCAUCCUCUGCUCGCAGAUGAGAAAGUGUUUGGUUUCUACUUCGGUGGAUUACGGAGAACUGGACCGAAAAUCGGGCUACACUAAAACCCUCUGAACAACUCAAGACCUGAUGCUCCGGGAUUGAGAGGAUUUGUAUAGGCUCGUUUAUUAUGUAAAUAAAGUGCUGGACGAGCAUUGAUAUCGCGAUUCAGGCAUUUUCUAAUCCUUUAGUGAAGAACAGGGGCUUCUUUUUAUAGAUUACAAUCAGUCCCAUUUCAAAGCUUCUCUCUUUAUUAUCAUCUUGAUUUUAUCUUUGUAUGAAUUAUAUAUAUUUGGAAUGUGAUUAAAAAGUACUCUAUUGCAUUAAUUAAUGAUCAUUGUAGGAGUUAUUCCACUUGUGGUUUUAAAUUACGCUGCAGAUUAAUCAGUUAUUGUACGUUGCGUUUUAUAGGAUUGCCUUUAUUUAUUGCGCUUCUUUGCGGUUGUAUUGUGUUCAUUAUGCUUAUUAUGCUUUCUUGCUGCUUCGCAUCUGGAGCAAUAAACGUUUUGUUCUAUAUAUAAAUUCAUGUGCUGACGAAUGACAAUAAACAACCUUGUCUCUUGAAUCUUGAGCUGUAGAAACCGCCACUUGGCAGCCUCCCGAAGUAUUUGGAGAAGUUGUGCGCCCACAUCUGAUGAAGACGUCUUUGUCCGUUUAGGGAAUACAGCGUGGUUUUAGACCAUGAACCAUAAGACCACAUGGCAUAGGAACAGAUUAAGCCAUCCGGACCGCCGACUUUGCUCUGUUAAUCCAUCACUGCCGAUUAAUUAUCCCUCUCAACACCAUUCUUCUGCCUUCAUUUGACACCAUCACUAAUCAAGAAACUACCAAACUCUGUUUUGAAAUAUACACAAAAUUUGGCCUUCACGAUUGUCCGUCGUAAUGAAUUCCAUAGAUUCACCACGCCCUGGAUAAAGAAAUAUCUCCUCAUCUCGGUUCUAAAGGGACGCCCUUCCAUUCAGAGGCUGUACCUUUGGUCUUAGAUUUCCCCACCAUAGGGAACAUUCUUUCCUCCACAUCCACUCUCCCUGGACCUUUAAUUGUUCAACAUGUUUCACUGAGAUACCCUUCAUUCUACAAAACUGCAGCCAUCAAACGAUCCUCAUAUGGUAACCUUUCCAGAACCAAAAUCAUUCUCCUCAACAUCCUCUGAAUUCUCUCCAAUGCCAGCACAUUCUUUCCGAGAUAAGGGGCCCAAAACUGCUAACAAUGUACCAAGUGCAAUCUGACCAAAUAAUACCUGAGACAUUUUCCAUGAAGCAUCGUCAAACUGGGUUUGAGGUUUCUCUUCGGCUCUCGUGUCCCCUUGAACAUUUGGAAAUUAACUCUAUAGUUAGAAGAGUAAUGAAUUAUUUAAUUGGUUUUCAAUAUAUUAGUAGUCAUUUGAAACAAUUUCCCGGUAGUUAGGUUCCCUCUAAUCGGCGGAGGCAGAGACAGAGUUUCGGGAGUGACGUAAUGGAAUUCUUUGUUUCUGAGGCUAGACAGAAAUGUGAAAACGGCAAACAAUGCCGGAAUAAUUGGUUCUUUAAAACCUGAUGCUGAACUUUUUUUUUAUGAACUGUGAAAAUUAAGGGAACCGCAGGAUAGUUGGAGCAGUCCGAUGAAACAUCCUGUCGGCCAAGGUGUCACUGAGGUCCACCUGGAGAAAACCUCUCAACAUCUACGGAUUUCCCCAGACCUCCAUCUUCUGGCUCAGACUUGAUACCCUCGUCUUAUCAGCAGCACCACACCGAGCCUCGGCUGAAGGGAAAUCAGCAAAGCGAAGCCUUUUGGGAAUCAGUAAUGAAGUGAUGAUUGACUAAAUAUUAAUCUGCUGGCAUUUACUGUAUUUUUGGAAAUAUUAUUUUAGGUACAGUGUGUGAGUUACAUAUAUUGUGUUGAGACGUAGCUUGUCUUGGAGGAAGGCAUUCUCGUUUAGCCGCAAACACGUGUAAGAUUAAAUGACUCUAAAUAGAACUUGAAUUUGAACUAAAUCAUCCCACACUUCCAAUAAGUGUGAAAAAUGUUUGUGGGUCUAAAGCAGGGCGUCUACUGACUGUAAUCAAACGAAGUUUCUUGUGUUUCUUCCAUGAUGUGUUUUCACUGUGUAAGUAACUCAUUCUGUGCCUUCUUAAGCAGCAUCCGUUAAAAGUAGAGGUUUCGAGCACACUCUGUACCUUCACCCAUUCUCCUCUAGCCUUUCCUCUCCCACAUCGCCGCUCUUUCGUGUGGGCCCCCCUCCACCUCCGCACCUCAGAGCUUUCUUUGUCAAUUCAAGCAACUUUGUAAAGGUCUGAAUUAGCACAGCCUUAAAACUCAGAGACAUAGUCAGGUUUAACAUCAUUGCCAGAUGUUGUUUUGCAGCAGCAGAAAAUUGCAGUAUAUGGUAAUAAAAACUAAAAACUACAAUAAGAAGUAGAUAGAAAAUUGAAUAAAAUAAGUCGUGCAAAAAGAGAGGGAAAAUACUGAGGUAGUCUGAUGGGUUCGCUGCCCAUCCAGAUAUCUGACGGCAGAGGGAACAACCUCUUCCUGAAACGUUUGAUGUCUCUUCAGACUCCUGUAGCUUCUCCUUGAUGAUAACAAUGAGACGAGGGCAUGACAGCUUUUAGUUGUUCUUACCGAAUGAAAUGACACGGCUUUAUACGAUCCUUUACAAAAGUGCAGUUGAAAAACCCAUCUGUCCAGAUCGUCAUUUCGAGAACUUUACGCUAGGAGAAUAGACUUCGGAUACACAGUGUAAACUCUAUACUGGGAAAGCGGGUUUAUGGGAUAAUAUACACCAGUGGGCAUUGAACGUCUCAUUUUCAGAUCUGACCCGUUAAUCAUUUGUCAGAUUUUUAACCACACAUCUAUGACCUGUGAAUUGUUGCUGUGCCUUUGCUCAGUUAUAGCUGGACAAACCAUGUAACUUUCCGGCCUGCCCACACUGAUACCUCUCAGCCUGCACAUGUAGGCACCUCGCAUUUUCCACGCAGCUAAUUGGAUUAUCCUGCCACUGCUUCCAGACUCCUCACCUGCAGACCAUUUAUUCCCACUUCUCAUCCAUAGUACUUAAUCACUCACCGGACGAGUCGACUUCAUCCAGUCGCUCCAAGCUUUUACUCUCCCCGGCUAAAGUAUAGCACGUUGCCUGUUGUGUUUCUGUUUCCUCUCG